AUUUUUUCUAUGUCAUAUUUUUUUUGUGAAAACGAAUAGAAAACUUCAAGCAUGGAUAUACAAAUACACAUUCAAGAUUUAGACCAGGAAAAGUCUACUAUACAUUUAAUGCCAUGUAAAAUACAUUUCGAUGGACCAGCUAAUGUUUCAUCCUUUUUUCAACCAUUCAUACAUGAAACAGAUAAUGAAAACUGUAGUAUAUCAUUUCGUGGACGUCCACUCCAAGGAAAGAAAAUCCAAAUUCCUAAAGAUUAUAAAGGUAUAAUCUUUUUUGAACAUAAAAAACCGGCUGUUGAAAACAUACAACGUAAUUUAUAUUCGAACAGCUUCUUCUCAGAAUUUACAUAUUGGAAUUACGACAAGAUACCGUCUAAAAAUGAUGCCUUAGCAGGAGCAUUAGAUUGGAUAGACAUUGCAGAAGCACUUCAUGGUACAGAUAAAUAGCAGAAUUUUAUUUUAAAAAAUAAAUUAAUUUUAUAGAAAUUAAAAAUUUUUACUUUUGAUACAAAAUAUUCAAAUAAAAAGAUUCUCCAAAGCUGACUUGCAAAUUACUUUAUUCUAUAAACGUUGAAGUAUGAUACUUGUAUAUUAAUGAAGUGUACGCAUACAUAUUUUAAAUAUCUUACAAUUGUUUUGCUGUCGGUUAAAAGAGCAUUUUAAAUUAAAUCUUAUUACACGUUUAAUCUAUUCAACUAACCAAGAUGAAAAAGAUGCAAACCAUUUUGUUAUCAAGAUAAUAUGUUUACAGUUUUAGAGCUUAUUGAAUUUUGCUGAUAUAAGAUAUUGCUACAUAUAAUAUAUGAUGUUGUACAUUUAAAUAUGUUUGUACCUCUUUAAGUUAAAAAUAUGUAAAUAUCACCAAGAAAAAUAUCAAAAUGACUGCCUCUAAUCGUAACAAUCUGUAUCGCAUAUAUCACUUUGUGUGAAAUAUAUGAUGUUAUAACAAAAAAAUCAAUAUAUUAGAUAAUCAACAUAAACUAUAACAUAAUUAUUAACAAUGUAUAUAAUUAUUAUAUUGAUAUAUAUCCAAUGAGCUGUUUCACUGAUGUCUAAUAAUGCAAUGUAAUCAGUGACGAUGAUAUUAGAGGUACAAAAUGGUACAAUCAUAUUUUCAGACAAAACAAGAAACUCAUUCAUAUUUGUAUUUACAAUAUUUGUCCCUUUCUUAUCUAAUGAAAUCUAUGAAGAUAUUCUAUUAAUACAGAAAUUGCAAUAAAAGCGUUGAUAAAAGAUAUAUAUGUGAUAUACUACUAAGUUAAUAAGUAGAUGAAUAUCAAAUAACAUCUACUCUCAGUUUUAUCGUAAAGUUAAGAAUUUCUAUAAGAAUUAUUUACAAUGGCUUAAAUAAUUUUAAAUCAAAACAUUAAUUCACACAUAGACUCGUAUCAUAUCGUUUGAAUUGUUAAUGUCUAUUAUAUAUGAAUAACGAAACGUUACAGUUUCAAACAAAAAUUGUAAAUUUAACUGUCUAAAGCAAAAGAAAUAUACUUGUUUGUAAAUUACAAGUACGUAUAAUCGAUAGAUGAUUUGUUUAUGAUUAAAACAUGAUCGUACAAUGUUCGAUCCCGAUAUGUUUCAAAAAGACUUAGCAUCCUUUUUUUUAAACUUUAUAAGAAAGUAA